AUGGAAAACUCAGACGCGAAAACCAAGACGGGAGCAGAAAGUUUGGUUGAAAAUACAACACUGAAAGAUUUUAAUGAUACGAAUAUGAGUAAUCCUGGUAUACAAUUUGUGGAACGAGUUAGUGACAAGAUCGGAGUCUAUUCAAGAGAAGAGAUUCAAGAUAAAGCAGCAGAUACGGACAUGGAUAAGUCGGAACAUGAAAGUGGUAGUAAACUGGAAGGAGAUCGUGGUGAUGCAGACACUGAAAAUAAUGGAGUUGCUGCUGGGUUUGAGAAUGGUGACCUGGAGACUGCAGGGACCAGUGAGGUCAAGGACACUGUUGCCUGGAAAGUUCCAGAUGGAGGCUGGGGCUGGGUGAUCGUUCUAAGUGCCCUGAUCAUCAGUUUGAUCGUGGAUGGGUUGACCUACACAUUUGGGGUGUUGUUGGGAGAGCUGGAGCGGGUCUUUCAAGAACCGAAGAGUACUAUUUCUUUGGCGAGUUCCCUGCAGGUUGGAUUAUAUCUGUUCAUUGGUCCAGUGGUCAGCGCACUGACCAAUCGUUUCGGAUGCCGCCGGGUGAUCAUUGCAGGAAGUUUAGUGGCCGCCUUCGCUUUCAUCGUCAGUUCGUGGAGUACUAACGUGACCAUGCUGAUCAUGACAUAUGGGGUGAUAGGUGGGAUCGGGUUUGGGCUAAUGUAUCUGCCCGCCAUUGUUGCCGUCAGUGUUUACUUUGAGGAACGAAGAGCUUUCGCCACGGGGAUCGCCGUGUGUGGGUCAGGGAUAGGGACGUUUAUACUGGCCCCACUUACAGACUUCCUGCUGGACCAAUACAACUGGAGCUGGACACUCUUGUUGCUCGGAGGUUUGAUUCUGAACGGGGUUGUCUUUGGUGCUUUAGUCAGGCCGCUGGAACUGCAGAUAGGUGCCCCUUCUAGGGACAAAUGUAAGACCAGAUCUGAAGCCCUAGAAGAUGGGGAACUGGUGAGGUAUCGUGGGGCACUGAAGAAGACACCAGGUGCUUCUACCAAUGGAGUAACUCCUCAAGAGGCGGCUCCGUUAAUUACCCUGAAAAAUGAGCAGGACAGAACCUCUGUGAUCACAACACGUGCAAAAAAUACUGACAAAUCCACACGCCCUCCAAUGUUGUUUUUCCACUCGACGCCAAACAUGCAGAACAUAAACAUGUCCUCGCUGUCUUCGACAGGAAUAAAGGAUAAGAAACAGAAGUCCUCGGAGAAAGUUGCCUCUGUGGAUUCUCAGCCUACUGAUGGAAGACCUCGGUCAAACACGCUGGAAUUGCUGAAGCGGGUGGGAUCACCCAAGGUGGGCCUGAGAGUUGACAAGACUCCAGCAACAGGCCAGCCACGACCUCGAGCCCACGCACCUUUAGGUCUCGCCUUCAUUAGCCUGUCUGAUGCCAACCUGAACAGAAUCAGGGAAGAUGUUCAGCUACCAUUCUCUAGAAAAGACAUCCAUCUGUCAGGGCCCCUAGCGUCAGCCGAGCCUGACGAUAACAGUCAGGCAAUUAACGUCAAAAACAUGAGGUCGCUGACCAGCUUGGCCGGAAUGGAUGGUCAAGCCUCUGCCCCAGCCAGACCCCGGGGCAUCUGGGCGUGUCUGCCAUCGUCUGCCCGCGAUACACUGGAGGAGAUGUUGAGUGUCAGCAUUCUCAAGGACAAGAGAUACUGGUUUGUGUUAAUGGGCAACUUUUUCUGCAUGAUUGGGUUCUACGUGCCCUUUGUCUACGUGCCAGACAGGGCCAAGCAGAUAGGCAUUGAGGAGGACAGCGCGGCGUUUCUCUUAUCAAUUAUUGGGAUCACCAACACUGUGGGCCGAGUACUAACCGGAGUGGUCAUCAACUUCCUAAACAUCGACUGUCUGCUGGUGACCAGCGUGGCCUUGGCCCUUGCCGGGGUCGUGACCGCUGCCUUCCCCCUGUGCCUCUCAUACACAGCUCUGGCGACCUUGUCAGCCGUCUUUGGAGUUUGUGUAGCUGCAUAUAUCUCCCUUUGCUCCGUGCUUCUGUGUGAACUACUUGGUGUGGAGAACCUAACCAACGCCUUCGGGUUCGUCAUCUUGUUCAGGGGCGUGGCCUGUAUUAUGGGGCCACCAAUCGCAGGAGCAUUGAUCGACGCCACAGGCAUCUUUGACCCGUCCUUCUACAUCGGGGGCGGCUUUAUCGUCCUGGGAGCCGUGUCCCACGCUUUGUUAUUGAUUCCUUGCUGCCGUAGAAAGACAAGCAGAUCUGUGUAG